AUGGCCACCACUUCGUUGCUCCUGGCGGCUCUCCUGCUGUGCGCCUGCGCCAUGUCCGUCGCUGAUUCGUCGCGCCCCGAUGGCACGGUGGAGACGUCAAUCCGCACCGCGGAGAGAGCCGUCCAUGGUGGUGGGCGGAGAGCCAUGGUGGGGAGGAUGAGGUCGUUGGGGACGAGGACGCCCAAGGCGCCUCCUCCUCCCCAAUCAGGCACGCCGGUGGACGCUGGGGAAAUGUUUGCUGCCGUACAUGCACCGUUGAUCCUAGCAACGAUCGGCUUCAGAAUAAAUUGUGGAGCAGUGUGUGAACCGAACUUCUGCAAACUCCCGUAUCAAGUCCUUGCACUCUGCUAUUAUGGCAACAUCAGGCCCUUGGUAAGCAUCAUCAAGAUUGAUCGCAUUAACCGCGUAACUGCAAUCGGAUUCAAUCUGCAGACUAUUUCAAUCUGCAGACUAUUGCAUCCAACUUGGCAUGCACUAGUAAGUGUUCCAAGUUUUCUAUCAGAAAAACAUGUUAACUCGACUGUAGAUAAGGACGUGAAACGUAAUUUCAUGACUGCAAGUAAGGUCUUGAUUCAACGAAUUUGUCUGUGA